GGGCGGGGCCCCGCUGGCUCCUCGGCGUCCGCGGGCGACGGCGACGGCGACGGCAGCGGCGACAUGGAGAGCGGGGCCUACGGCGCGGCCAAGGCGGGCGGCUCCUUCGACCUGUGGCGCUUCCUGGCGCAGCCGCAGGUGGUGGCGCGCGCCGCGAGCCUGGUCUUCGCCCUGAUCGAGUUCUCCUGCAUCUUCGGCGAGGGCUACAGCAACCGGCACGACUCGCACCAGCAGUACUGCGUCUUCAACCACAACGAGGACGCCUGCCGCUACGGCAGCGCCAUCGGCGUGCUGGCCUUCCUGGCCUGCGCCUUCUUCCUCGUGGUCGACGUCUACUUCCCGCAGAUCAGCAACGCCGUGGACCGCAAGUACCUGGUCGUCGCCGACCUGCUCUUCUCAGCUCUCUGGACCUUCCUGUGGUUCGUGGGCUUCUGCUUCCUCACCAACCAGUGGGCAGCCACCAACCCGGCGGAUGUGCUGGUGGGAGCGGACUCCGCCCGCGCGGCCAUCACCUUCAGCUUCUUCUCCAUCUUCUCCUGGGGCCUGCUGGCCGCCCUGGCCUACCAGCGCUACAAGGCCGGGGUGGACGACUUCAUGCAGAACUACGUGGACCCCGCCCCGGACCCCAGCACAGCCUACGCCUCCUACCCGGGCCCGCCGGCCGACAGCUACCAGCAGCCUCCUUUCACCCAGAGCGCCGAGGCCGCCGAGGGCUACCAGCCUCCCGUUGUGUACUGAGCCGCAGGGGAUGGUAACGGGGCAGGGAGGGGCCUGGAGGGCCGCCCUGGGUUCGAGACUCCUCUCGCCCACCAGGCGUGCCUCCAGGGGCUGCUGGCCCCCUGGUCCCGUGGGAGCCAGGCACAAGCUGGGGAGCCCCAGGCCCCACCCCCUCCUCAGGGCAUCUAAAGGGUUUUUAACUAGACGUUUGUCACUGCUUCUGAUGGCCCCACCCCCGGUAGCUAGAAGUGCCGCCAUGCUGUUCUGAUAAGUGCCUUCGUUUUCCCAAGCCCCCGGGAGCACAGGGAGCUGGGGUUCUCUGCCAAAGACGAAGCUGGGGGCCUCCCACUGCUGCUGCUGGUGCGGGCUCUCCCUUCCUCCUCACUCAGGUCUGCCCGCGUCUGCCUCGGCGCCCUUCCCACUCCCAGAGGCUUCUGGGAGAUGCCCUCGCUGGUGCCCCUCCCUCCCUGCCUGCCCUAAGGCGGCAGCCAUCUGGCUGCUGCGGGGUCUGCUUGCUCGGCUGGGUCACUCCCCUGUGCCAGUGCCCCUGGGCGUCCUCCUGCCAGCCACGGGGCAGCGCUGGUGCCCACCCAGGGGCCACGGGGCCGCGCCUCCUGCCCCGCCCCUCCCCCCACAGGAGGGAGGGGCUUUGCCUGACAACCCAGCUUUAUGUAAAUAUUCUGCCUUAGGUGGGAGGUGUGGUGUAGCCUCAGCCCCCAGGCCGUUCUGAAUGGAUCAGAAAGCUUUUGGGGGGAAGACCCCCUGCCCCUCAGAUUCUGUUAGGCUGGUUCUGAGAUGGAAUAAAUGUUUUUCUCAUUCGUAA